UCUUUACAGACAUAUUUAUUGUUUGAUAGUAACUUACUACUAACUUUUAACAAAUACUAAAAAUAUUAAAUGGGUAAAAGUAUGUUUAAAAUUUUUUUUUAAAUUGUUUAAUGUAACAAAUAUUUAGAUCUUAUUUCAAUUUUUAACUCUCAAACUGCUUAAAUUCAAUCUUGUUUAAAAUUAUAACUCAUAAGAUACGAAAUGGAAAAUAUAAUAUUUAAUAAGGAUCAAGAGAUGGAGUCCUCUAGUUAUAAAGACUACUCGCAAGAGGAUUUGUUUUUAGUUCCAGAACCAAAACGAUCAAAUGAUCAACAUAAUUCUUCUGAUCCAUUUGGAAGAAAAAAGAAGGAUAAAAGCAAAAAACAAAUCGAAGCGGAAGAAAGAGAAAAAAUGAGAGUUCUUGUGUCCAAUUUCACCGAAGAACAAUUGGAUAGAUAUGAAAUGUUCAGGAGAUCGGUGUUUCCUAAAGCAGCAAUUAAAAGGAUCGUACAAACCAUUACUGGAAAUUCUGUUUCACAAAAUGUUGUAAUUGCCAUGUCAGGUAUCGCAAAAGUUUUUAUUGGUGAAAUAGUUGAAGAAGCUCUUGAUAUAAUGGAAGCUCAAGAAGAUUCAGGACCAUUACAUCCCAAACACUUGAGAGAAGCUGUAAGGCGGCUUAGAAAAACUGGAGCUAUUCCAUCUUCCAAAGGUAGAAAACUGCCUUUUUACAUUUAGAUAGGUACCUAAUAUAAAAGUAAACUUAUUUAUUAAACAAUUUAUAAUUUUUUUUAAAUUUAGCAACUAAUGUAAAUUUUGAUUGUAUAUAACUGACAUUUAUAAUAAUUACUUGUAAAUAAGAAAAAAUUUGUUUAUUUAUGACAUUAAUGUACUGAUUAAAAUCCCAAACAACAAAAAUGUGUUGUAAAAAAAUUGUACCUAUAAUAAAUGUUUACAUGAAUUGUUUAUUAUCUAAAA